AUGCCGCUUUUCCAGUGUGCAAUGUGUGAUUGGGGCGCUGCAGAUGCAUACGAAGUGAAAGCGCAUAUGGUCAAGGCGCAUAACAACGCGGAUUCGGAUCCAAUAUCCAAUCUCGAGCUAAAUUCAGACCAUGUUCAGCAACGUUUCUCGGAAUGUUUCCCGUCCAGAAAAAUGAAGCCGGGUACGUUCGACAAGCGGAAGGAGUCAACGAUGAUCAGUGAUGAGACUAAAGUCACAUGUCAGGAAUGUUUCCAAGAGAAUGAAAACCGAAGAUCGUCAGAUUCAUGUCUAUCGACAUCAUCUGAAGGAACCACGUCUUUAUGA